AUGCCCCCACACCAACGCAAACUUGAGAUUUCACUCCCGACACUGAUAGAGCACACCUCGUUCCACCAGGAGGGUACGCGAACGCCCGAGUUGCGGGACAUCGUGCCAGCCCAGGACCCACUCCCUCGACCUCCUCCGCGAGCUCGAACACUGAGCCAUGGUCGAUCGCAGAGUGCACCGUCGCGGUUCCUGAACAACAUGGUCCGCGGCAGCCGACACUCUCGGACUGCGUCCGACACGUCCCAGGCCAGCAAUGGCGGCGUCGAGAGUCUGCGCCGCAUGACCGAUACUGUGCUGGCCACCCUGCGCGAGAGAGAUUCGCGCCCCGAACGCGAGGAGGUGCUCAUCUCGGCCCCCAUUCCCAUCCCGGCUCAGGCGUAUCCUCUCGAUGCGGAGCCGACGACGCCCACAAAUGCCCACAUGUCCGUCAAGGACCACCUCGCACUGCCGAAAGGGGCCUCGCCGAAGCCCUCCCCCGUGCCUUCGGGUAGCGGAGGCAGCUCCGUAACCGACGAAACACUGGUGGAGCCGCCUCUCCCACCUCUCCGACCAAGCUGGGUGCGCCUCUACACCGUCGCCAGCGUCAAGGAACGCCUCUGGUGUCUCAUUCCCGCCACCAUCUUUGCGCUAGCCGCCGCCAUGGUCGCGCCAUACAUGACGACGCUCAUGGGAUCAGCGUUCAACGGGAUGGCCAUGUUCUGGCUCUCCCAGCGCACGCAGGAGGACAAGGACAAGAUGAUGAAGACCGAGCGCGAGGUGAUCCUCAAGGUCGUCAUCAUUGCGUUGGCAAACAUUGGCUUCACCUACGCCAAGAAUGCACUUUGGGUAACAUACGGAGAGCUCACGGCCAACAGGCUGAGGAGGAUGGUGUUCGACGGCGUGCAGGAGAAACCGAUGGAGUGGUAUGAUCUCGGCAUGGGAACCGCCGAGCGGGAUGAGACGGGAGCGGUGGGGGCGGCUGGCCUCAUGGGCAAGUUUGCAAGGGAGACAGACGAAGUGCGUGCUGCAACCGGCUCAUCAUCGGGGAACACGCUCGGAGGGGUUGCGACGUUCGUCGCGUGCCUCGUGCUCGCACUUGUGAAGCAGCCCGUGCUGACCAUUGUCACGCUGAGCGCCGUACCACUCAUGCUGGUCACGGGGGCCGGGACACAGUACAUUGUCGAGCCAAUGUACCACGUGGAGCGGCGGUGCUUCGCUGAGGCGUCCACCUCUGUCGAGCGUGCAACGAGUGCCGUGGCAACGGUGAAGGCGCAGAAUGCGCAGGAUCUAGAGGUCGCGCGAUUCAAGAAGGAAGUGGAGGGAGCGCGAGACAGUCUAGUGAAGCAGGGGUACGUGUGGGCGACCUCCCUCGGCGCGACAGACUUCCUCAUGUUCGCCAUGUACGCCGUCGGAUGCUGGUACGGCGCCAAGAUUGUUGCGGACGGCAAAGCGCCAGCCGCCGAGGUCUUGACCGUCAUCUGGGCAUGCCUCAUGGCGUCCAUGGCGCUGCAGGGCGUCAUGCCCCAGCUCACGACUCUUACCAAGGGCAAUGCGAGUCUCGCGUCGCUCCUCUCGAUCAUCCAGAGUCGAGACGGAAACUACGACAAGCGAGGGUUCCGCUCCGGCCCGCUGCCGCACUCGCACACGGACCCGAAUCGCCCCCGCCGCUUCCGAGGCCAGUUCGACUUCCAGCGCGUGUCCUUCCACUACCCCUCACGGCCAGACGUCACGGUGCUAAGGGACAUUACGCUGUUCCUCCCCGAGGGUGAGACGACCUUCAUCGUCGGCGGGAGUGGCAGCGGCAAGUCCACUAUUGCCCAGCUGCUGUUGCGAAUGUACAAGCCCGUUCGUGGCGCGAUCUCGCUCGACAACAGGGCCCUCGAGAACUUCCCCGACACCUACACGAGACAACACGUCGCAGCCGUUCAGCAGGGCUGCAUCCUGUUCGACAUGAGCGUGCACGACAACGUGGCUAUGGGCAUCGUCGGCGCCGGCGCGGACAUGUACGGCGAGGUCCGGCGGCCGGAAGACAUCACACGCGCCGACGUCGUGGAUGCGUGCAGGAUGGCAUCGAUACAUGACUUCAUCGAGUCCCUUCCCGAGGGUUACGAUACGAUGCUGGGCACCGGAGGCUCGCAGCUGAGCGGUGGACAGCGACAACGACUUGCGAUUGCCCGCGCAAGAAUCCGCGACCCGACCGUGUUGAUUCUCGACGAGGCGACGAGCGCUCUCGACGCAACGAGCCGCGUCGAUGUGUUCAAUGCAAUCAAGGCGUGGCGCCGCGGCAGCACUACAAUUGUCAUCACGCACGACUUGUCACAGAUCACAGCCCAGGACUACGUGUACGUCAUGGCUGAGGGCGUCGUCGCCGACCACGGGUUCCGGAAUGACCUCGAGGCGCGCGCGGGGCCCUUCCAGGACAUGGCAGCGAGGCAAGCGGCGCAGCCCCUCCCUCCGCGUGAUGACUUUGAGUGGCGUCCUGCGCCCGCUAAGCCGCUACCGGAUCCUGGGGAGCGCAGGCUCUCCCGCAUUGUCGGUUGGAAUAUGAGCACCGUCUCUCUCCGCCCUGACCUCAGCCGGCCGGCCAGCAUCGCCUCCCUCGCCGAUCUAGGCAAUGUCGAGAUGCAGCGUCGGAACAAGACGCCCGUCAAGGUCAAGCGCGCAGGCAUGAUCCUACACACGACUGGCACGCCCGGCCACGCACGCAAGGUUAGUGGGAGCAGCGUACCCCGAUCCAUCAGCCAGGAGAGCCUCGUCGUGGAAUCCGACCUUGGACAUGCCCCCGCUGGGUCCCCCGUCAAACAGCGACACUCGAUGCAGCCCCCGCCGAGCUCAUACAACCUUACGCGCGCGCAGAAGCGCCUAUCGUGGACCAGCGAGGACCUCGGCAACGGGCCGUACCGACGACACAGCGCGAGUGCGAGCACGAGCACGGUCAGGCUGCAUCACCAGGAAAGUCAAGCCAGCCUGUACGAUGCCUCUCCGUGGCGGAGGGAAACGUCGCGUGUUUCCAUCGUGUCGAUGGAGGACAAGUUUGACAAGACGGAUGGAGUGGAAGAGUUUGAGCUCGUCGACGUCGUGCUCGGGGACGAGAAGCACGACGCCGUCGAUUCGCCAGCGGAGACUGAAACUGCAUCUGGCAAGUUGCCGGGCUUGACCGCUCUUAUCCGGCGAUACUACCCUGCCCUGCCGUCCAAGCCGCUGCUGUGGCUCGCUCUCUUUGGCGCAGUUGCACACGGAGCCGCCAUCCCUAUCUACUCAUUCUAUCUCGCGCAGCUGCUCGCACUCGUCGGGACGAAGGACUCGGGCAAGAUUGCUGUGCAGGGUGCCGUUCUGAUCGCCCUCAGUGCGGGGCUGGCAGCUGCGGCGUGGGUGGAGCAUUUCGGCGGUGCGGCCGUCGCGGCGCGGUGGAACGCACAGAUGCGUGCCGACACAUACGCCCGUAUCCUGGCACAGGACAAGGGAUGGUUCGACUCCUCCGCCAACGCCCCAGCGCAGCUGACGCAGCGCCUGGUCAAGGACGUCGAGGACAUGCGGAACCUGGUCGCGAUGAUCGUGCCCGCCAUUCUGGUGACGUGCAUCAUGAUCGGGCUCGGCAUCGUUUGGGCCCUUGUCGUCGGCUGGCAGAUGACCCUCAUCGGCAUCUCCAUCGUUCCCGUCGUAGGAGCGAUGUAUGCGUUCGCUGAGGGGGCGGUUCAGCGCGCGGAGGAGCGCAACAAGGGCCGGCGCGAGGCCGUCGCCAAGACAUUCUUCGAGACACUCGCCAAUGUUCGCGGUAUCCGGGGCAUGGCGCUCGAAGACUGCUUCCGCGAGCGCUUCGCGAGGGAGGCAACCGAGUGUCGCAGUUCCGGGUUCCACUCCGCGCUCGUCGUUAGUAUCGCGCAGGCAACCAAUGCCGGCCUGCCUCUGUGUGCGCAAGCACUCCUCCUCUUCGUGGCAGCAACGUUCAUCGGAAACGGCACAAUGACGUACCCCGCCUCGCUCCAGGUUCUCACACUCGUGCUCUUCAGCCUCACAUUCAGCAGCCAGAUGCUCAUCUUCCUCCCGCUCCUGACCAAGGCUAAGGUCGCCGCACGCGACUUCCACUGCCUCGCGACGCUGUCUCUCGUCACGGCAGAGUCGCGCGGCGACGCCCGCCCCACUAUUACGGGCGACGUACGCUUCGAGGACGUCUCGUUUGCCUACCCCGAGCGGCCGGACGUUACUGUCCUCGCGCAUUUCAGCUUGUCCGUCACGCGUGGCGAGUGUGUCGCUAUUGUAGGCUCCAGCGGAUGCGGCAAGAGUACGGUCGCUGCACUCAUUCAGCGUCUGUACGAGCCUGGCAGUGGGCGCGUGACUCUCGACGACCGGCCGCUGGGCAGCAUCAGCGCGUCGUGGCUGCGCCGUCACAUCGGCGUCGUAUCUCAGACUGCGAACCUGUUUGACGACACUGUGCUCGCCAACCUGCGCUACGGGGCCAAGGUCGACGUGCCUCUCUCCGAGGUGCACGAUGCAUGCCGCGCCGCCAACAUUCACGACUUCAUCGAGUCCCUGCCGCAAGGCUACCAGACCAAGCUGGGCGAGAACGCAUCCCUGAUUUCGGGCGGGCAGGCGCAGCGUAUCCAGAUUGCGCGCGCGCUCAUUCGCAAACCCCGCAUACUCAUUCUCGACGAGUGCACCAGCGCGCUCGACGUCGAGAAUCAGCGCAUCAUCCUCGACACGAUCGAUGCGAUCAGCCGAGACUGCACCACGUUCUUCAUCACGCACUCAACCGAGGCGAUGAAGCGGUGCGACCGCAUCGUCUGCCUCCAGGACGGGCGCGUCGCCGAGGAUGGCAGCUACGCGAGUCUCAUUGCGAAGGGCGGCACGUUUGCGCAACUCAUGCGUAGUGGCGAAUGGGAGUGA